GUUGCACGUGCAUAUUGCAAUUUUAUUUUGUUUACACUUCUGUUGAUUUAUUUUUUCACGUGCUUUCAUAUAACACUGUCAAGCCGAUUCUUUUCCGGAUCAGUUUACAUGUACUUAUGGGUAGCUUUUGAUUUUUAUUUCUCCAUGGAGCCUGAAAUAAUAUUGGACUUCUGGUGAUUGUACAUAUCCUUUUCAACUGGCCUUUUAAUAUUUCACAUCAACUAGGUGAACAUUUGGACAGAAUAGGGACCAAAAGCAAUGCUGUCUAGUUGAUUUAUAAUUCAGAAUUGAAACAAAUGUGACAUCCUUAGGUACAGGUACUUUUCAAUAAAAAUUUUCACUGAAACAGGCUUUGUUUGGCAUCAUAUAAUAUGAACGUGAAUUAAUGCUUCAAUGACAUUUUAAAUUUGCAUCAUUCAAAGAAUAAUAACGUGGUAUUAUCCGGUAAUUGUGAGCGAAAACAGUUUGGGUUUCAUUAACAUAAUCAGUGAGAGGUAAUUUGUUUCCAUUGGACGACACGCAAGUUCAGUAAAAAAUGUAUUUUAUUCGUCACAGACCUGUUAAUCAUCGUGGACAGUUUUCAGCUUGUAUCCUGUAAUGAUUAAUUAGUGUUCGGCCGGAUACGCGUAAAUCCAUCAGCUGCACAGUUUCCGAACCAGAUUAAACAUGUGAUUGCAAUCCACCGCACUCAAUCAUGCGAUAAACCACGGAAGAAAAGAUAGAAGAAAAAAGCGAGCAGAAAUACAAUGCUGGUGAAAAAUAUGCCAAAAUUAAAUGUGAAUCAUCGCGAAUUAAUUGCAUUACCGAGGGCGGCGACAUCGGCGCUGGUGUCGCUGGUGUCGACGACGACGGUUGUUACCGCAGUGCUGUCGAUGAUGGUGCUGCACCGGAGUGGCUGUCAGGCGGCCCCGUCCCUCGCCGCGAAAUCCUGGCCGGUGAUGAAAAAUUAUGACAUCUGGGGCACGACGCUAGCGGAACAAGUCUCGCGGGAGGCAGAUUUAUCAUUAUCAGGCCCGUUUUCGCCUGGUUCGCGCUCGUCGUCGUCACUGCUGCAGUCGGCCACCGACAUACGCAAUGGGACCGCCUUUCGGCGGCGGAGUCGAGUUUUCGGAAUGGAAGGAUUGGUGGAAAACGACAUUUUUGACUUGGAUCGGAGCAACGACUUUGGUGUGGGAGGACGCAACCGAAGCAGACGACGUAACUCUAAAGUGCUCAACUUUUUCCCGGUCCCGGUGGAUGACGAGUGUCUCUCGGAGGACGGACUGCGGACCGGUCAGUGUUUGAACACGUACGAAUGCCGCAUCCAGGGUGGCUCAGCGCGGGGCCAAUGUGCGCUCGGUUUCGGCGUUUGCUGCGUCUUCACCGCCACGUGCGACCAGGAGAUGGCCAACAACAUUACGUACUUUGUGUCCCCGAGCUUCCCGGCGUUGGUACCGAGGGAUAUGUCACUGUGCAAGCUGAAGAUCAAGCUAAUGAGCGAGGAAAUCACCCAACUCAAAUUCGAUUUCAUCCAUUUUGCAUUGGGACAACCCAAUCGACGGACAGGAAUAUGCGAAGGGGAUGUGUUCAAACUAAUUGGCGGAGUGUUACCGUUUGACCUGUGCGGUCAAAACAGUGGACAACAUUUGUACUACGACCUGAACCCGAAGCGGCGGGACGACGAGGAGAUUGAACUGCUGAUGAACUUUUCGCCGCGGUCCUUCACACAGCGACUGUGGGAAAUCAAGAUUACACAGAUACCGUUCAGCCAGCGGGCUCCGAGUGGAUGCAUGCAGUAUUAUACGGGACUGGAAGGGGUCAUACAGACGUUCAAUUUUGCCGAAAACGGAAGGCAUUUGGCGAACCACAACUAUCGAGCGUGCAUUCGACAGGAGAAAGGCAUGUGUUCAGUUGCUUAUGAGCCGUGUGAUGAUCAAUCUUUCAGGAUUGGGAAUCCUUUAUCGGAUGGGGGAGGGAGCGGUUCUCCGGGUGGCGGUUUUCCCGGGGGAUCGUCAGGUGGGCCUGGAGGCUCAGCUGGACCAGGCGGAAGCAUUGGUGGUCCGGGUGGAACAGGAACGUUUUCGGAUCCGGCAUUGGCAAGUGAUCCACUUGCACCGGCUGCUGACAUUCCGGUAGUGGACGAUUUAGUUCCCGCGGCGGAUGGCGAGGGCAGUCCAGGAUUGCUCGAUUCACCGGCAGAUGACGCCGUAGCGGCAGACGAUCCAGUGGCCGCAGAUGAGCCGGCAGCAGAUGAACCGGCUGCUGACCCGCCUGAAGCUGACGAGCCACAAGCAGAUGACCCUGAUGCUGCCGACGAGGGCUCUGGAGGGGGUGGAGGUGGCUUUUUCGAUAGCUUCUUCCCGUCGUUCUUUUCGCGGAGUAUUUUCGAUUCGUAUCGAAGCUUCGAUGGAUCUCAUCGGCAAGGCCGACAGUUUGGCGGUUAUUCGCGGCAGUUUAUCUCCAACUGUCGGGACCGCAUUACGCUUCCCUGUAUAGUGGAAGAUUUCAUCGGCGCCGGGAUGGGCGAUUUGCCCAGCUGCAUUCCGGUGCAUUGCGGGAACUCUCUAUGUCCUUUGGGGGUUUCUCCAUGCCGGGUGGAAACGUCGGUGACCCCGUUCGGGUUGGGGAUUCACUUUGGUGAAGGAAUGGACAAAGGGAGUCCAGAGGAUAACAUCGGAGCUUGUUUGAGGUAUAAUCAGCUACCGUGUGCAGGGUAACCGGGGUUUAGCAAUAGUAUGUGAGAGUGUGUGCGUUUGUAUUUAUUAGCUGUGAGCGCUUGCCAGUAAAUGAAAAAUUGUAAAAAUUA